AGAGAGAGUACUUAAUUAGAGAGAAAAAAUGGAUCAAAAAUUGCCAGUGAUAGCGAAAAAGUUCUGGAAGAUAGUCCGCGUGGCUUAUUUCAUGUUGAGGAAAGGAUUAUCAUCAAAGAGGAAACUAAUGUUCGAUCUCAACUUAUUAAUGAAACGUGGUAAGAUUGCUGGCAAAGCCGCCUUCCAAAAUUUGAUGUUCCAGGGCCAUAAUAAUAAUAUUAAUGAAUCAACUUCGAAAGAGUAUUACGAGUUCAGCUGCAGUAACAGCCCUGCUUUCCAUCUCCCCUUCCACCUCAACAAGCGCAUUAAUAAGCAUAAUCAGACUGAACACGACGAUGUUUCAAUGAUGAACGCUGCUGUUUUGAAGGCAUUAGAAAUGCUUCAGAGCGAAACGGCAUCACCUGCUUUGCCUGGAUUCGGGAGGACUCCAACGGUGAGGCAAUUGAGGAUCACUGAUUCGCCUUUUCCAUUAAGAGAAGCUGAUGAUAAUGGUGACAUGAUUAGCCACGUUGAUGAGAAAGCUGAUGAAUUCAUUUCUCGAUUCUACAGAGAUUUGAGAAGAGAGGCUGCAUCUGCUUUUGCUUAAUGCUUUCCUUUUUUUUUAAUUAGCUCAUGGCAGUAAUUAUAUAUAGAAAGAGCUUAUAAUACAUGCAGAUUGGGAGCUUUGAGUACUGCAAAUUAAUUUUUGGUUUCCAUUCUGUCCCGGGAUUUUCUUUCUCUUAAUUUUCUCUUUUUAUGUAAUUAUGAAAAUUAUUAAUGUGAUGAUACCCGUUUGUUUCUUGA